GUUCUAGAAAACUAAACAGAAGUGAAAGUUGCAGUGUAUGUCAUAUGUCAUGUUCUGUCAUCGCGUAUACAAAAAUAAAAAUAUUUACUUUUAAGUCGUUUUUAAUAAAUAUAUGUUAAUAAAAUGGACGAAGAAAUAGAAUAUCCCUCUCACUUUUCAGAUACAAUAUCCACAGUUGUGGAUAUUAUCGCUAAUUAUGGGUGGUACAUUUUAAUAUCCGUAGUAGCAACACUAUAUUUAUAUGAAAAAUAUUUGAAAUCUCGUUUUCGAACAUAUAAGUCUCAAAAGGAAGAAGCUGAAUAUUCUGCAAAAUACCACAAAAAUCCGGAUUUGUUAUCUGCAAGAUUACUUGCUCAAGAAAAGCGAACACGAGAAUUACAAGAAAAAUAUCAGAGAGAUGCAGAAGAGCACAAAAAGAAACUAGAAGAGAGAGAAGAGAAAAGGAAAAAUGAGUUGUUAGAAAAAUAUAAUGAUGGAGGUCAUACAUUAGGUCCUAGUAGUUCAAAAUCAUUUAAGCCUGAAUAUAAUCCAUUGAUGGGUAGUGGCAGUUCUACAAAUUAUAAACCACAAAAAAGAAGUGCUUGCAGUAAAGGAGGAUGUGGUUAA